AUGCCCCGUUCUCAUUCGCCAUCGGUAAGCGGCAUGAAUCCUCCUCUUCUCAAAUUUGAUCGUCUUGCUUCAACUUCUUGUGACGAUGUUCAGCUCACAUGGCAUGGUUUUGACAGAAGAAAUGCCAUCACUGAGACUCGAUCAGUUUUCGAAGGUUGGCAACCAUCACGCGCAAGAGCACAACAUCUACUUUUACCACAGACCUUUUUAUCAAGCUCUGACAAGAACGGUCAAUCGCACAAAUACUCGCAACUUUCACAAGCUCAUCGCCUCAAAAAUCAUUCCUCGCAAUCGCUUUUUGAGAAACACGAAGAAAUGGAGAGACACCGUGGUCCUUUGUCAUUAGCUGAAGAAUACAAUUACAAGUUGAGCCGGGCGCAGCUUAAAUCUUCCUCGAACACAUCGGCGCUGAUUGUCGGCUUUGCGAUGGUGGCUCUAGUCGAAUUGCACUACGACGAGCAGACGCCGCACUCAUUGCUCAUAAUUUUGGGAGUGGUGACCACUUUACUCGUCUCUGUGCAUUUAUUGGCUCUCAUGAUGUCUACUUGUAUUUUGCCGUAUAUGGAGGCCACUGGUGCCACUCAAGAUUCACCACAUCUUCAGCUUUCCUUUUUCAUCAAACUCUCAUGGCUUUUCUCGACUUGUAUCGGAUUGAUUCUAUUUCUUGUUGAAAUCGGAAUCAUUUGUUAUAUUAAAUUCACGAAUAUCGACUUUCCAUUAGCUGCUUAUAUCACCACAGCAAUGAUGAUACCGGUUUUCAUCAUUUUUGUGUUAAUCUCUUAUUUGAUUCACAAAAAUCGCACAUCUCAUUCGAUCGAAAGGAUUCGUUCCAAGGUUGCUGGAUUGACAACAUUGUUGGACCCAGAGAAAGGACUUGAUUAUGGUGUGAAAGAUCUC